CGAGAUGCUUUGCGAAAGCAUGGCGGGCAAGAUGUGAAUGUCAGUAGGAAGGUAAUGGGGCAAACAGAGGAAAACAGUGUACCUAACUCCUCUUGUACAUUAUUCAUCAUGAUAUCCGCCUAACAGUGUGUAAUGUGAAUGAGUUGGCUUCAGUCUUCUCCGCCUGAGUGUGUGAACUACGAACCUUUAGAAGUUGCAGUCCGGAAGCCUCACAAUUUUUGUGAAAAUGAUUUGUGGUUUUCUACGAGUUGUACAGCGUGCAGAGAAGCUGCACGGGUCCUUGGCCAGGCAGUUGUCACACUUUGUGCUCUCCAAAGCUUGCUUCAAAACUCAGCCUUUGAGAUGGGGACUGCGAGAGCAGAAGAAAACAGUGCAACCUAGAACUGUCCUUGGGCUCACCCAGAAAACCUUCUCGACGCAAAAAUCAGACCCCCAGAAGGAGGAUAGAGGCAAGCAAGUGUCUAUCCGCAGAAAUCAAAGAGAGGAAACCGGCGUCUCAAUGUCUCAGAAAGUGAAAGAAGGCGGGAGAGACGUCAUGUACUUGGUAGUGGUGCUCCUUGGAAUCGGCAUUGCAGGUAACUUCUUAUACACAAUCAUCAAAGAACUGUUUUCUUCAUCCAGUCCUAAUAUCAUAUACGGGAAAGCCUUGGGAAAAUGCAGAAUCCAUCCUGAGGUGAUUGGUGUAUUUGGUGAGCCUGUGAAAGGCUUCGGGGAAAUGUCGAGACGUGGGCGAAGACAGCAUGUCAGCUUUGUCGCAUAUGUAAACAAUGGGCUAAAGCGCAUCCGUGUGAAAUUCUACAUUAAGGGCUCUGAACCAGGGAAGCAAGGAACCGUACAUGCAGAAGUGGAAGAAGUGAACCCAGGGAGUGGCCAGUUUGAAUUUCGAUAUAUAUUUGUGGAAGUGACUCCUACAAGAUCUAUUAUUGUUGAAGAUAACCGUUCCCAACAAAGUUAAAAAAGCCUCAAGCCAGCGUGCUGCUCCCUACCUAGAAUGCAGGGCUCUGUCCUCAUGUGAUCCUCACAGCUCUUCCAGAAUUUGUUCAGAAAAACAAGAAUAAAGUAUGUCACACAGAAAGCAAGCUCAGUGUGAGUGCUCAUGAGUUUGGACAAGCUUAGGUCUUUCUUGUGAAAAAUCAUGAAAUGUAGCAAAUUUUCCAUUAUAUUGAAUUGCCAAUCAUGCAGGGCUGAAGGAUGGCUCAGCACUGACUGCUCUUCCGAAGGACCUGAGUUCAAAUCCCAGCAACCACAAGGUGGCUCACAACCAUCUGUAAUGAGAUCUGACGCCCUCUUCUGGAGUGUCUGAAGACAGCUAUGGUGUACUUACAUUUAUAAGUAAAUCUUUAAAAAAGAAAAUUGCCAAUCAUGACAGUAUUUCAGCUCUACAUUCGUGAUAAACUUUUGUUACUAAAAUUUAUACACCACAUAAGUAAAAACUUCAGUAUUUUAAGCUGUUUAAUAUUGUGUGGCUUUUAUACAAUCUACAGAAUAAAAUCUACUAACAAAACGA